AUGGCGUUCUAUCCAAAGGCGCGACAGCCUCGGCCCAGCAUUCAUGACCCUUCAGUUCGGCGCCUUCGCCUGGCCCUGUUGAAAGCGGCGGCUAUUAACUUUCUUCUGCUCCAAUUGUUAUUCCUGGGACUGUUUUGUUACCUGUUCGCGUCGCUAUUCCAGCAGAGCACGCACAUUCAUAACAUUGACAUAUUGUUUGUUGAUUACGAUGGUGGGGCGAUCGGCACCGCCGUCCGAGAUGCGUAUCAGCAGCUGAAGGGACCGGGGUUUCCGACCCUCUUCGAGCGGUCUUCACAAACAUAUCCCGAUCCACGCACUGUCGAAAAUGCGGUUUGCGACAUUAAGUUUUGGGGUGGGCUCUACACGACGGCCAAUGCCUCAAAUCGCUUAACUGCCGCGUUGGCUGGUGGAUCAGGCGCGUCUUCCUACAACAAGUCUGAUGUUUUGACCGUGGUGUGGAAUGAAGCGCGCUAUCCAACCGUGGUUGACUCUGUUACCAUCAAGAAUCUGAACAGCUCCGACUCUGCUGCCGUAUCUGCAUAUUCCAACCCAUGGACAUUGACUUCGGUCGAUUUCCAACCAACGACGCAGGGCUCUCGAUUGAUCUACAACACUCUAUGCAUCAUUCUGAUUCUGAUUCAAGAGUUCUUCUACUUGGGAUAUGUCAACGGUCUCUACCUACAAUUCAAACUCUACACAACCAUCGCACCUCACCGAGUUGCGAUCGUACGCCAGAUCAUCUCCGGCGUGUAUACGUUCGUGGGCUCGCUGUGUGUGACUGGUGCAAUAUGGGCAUUUCGAUCCGGCUGGAAUGUCGGUGGCUCACAAUAUAUGAUUAGCUGGAUGGCCCUGUGGCUUUUUGCGCAUCUGAAUUUUCUUGUUCUCGACGUCUUCACGAUCUGGAUCUCGCCUCCCUUUCGUGCCUAUGGCUCUGAUCAGCUGGAUUGUGUUGAAUGUUUCUUCAAAUGGGGCUAUGCCUUGCCGGCGCAUAGUGUCUUCAACAUCUUGAUUGACAUCUGGUCACGAGGCUGCAACCCUCAACUAUACUACGCUCUGCCGGUCUUGUUCGUUUACGAGAUUCUGGGCUUGAUACUUAGCUCGAUCGGAGUCUAUCGCCGGUCUCACUACGCAGUGCUGAAGCAAGAAGUCGAAGAAAAAUCGCUCCAGGAUCGUAUUUCCGCGGCCAUUGCAGAGCAGACUGGAGAUUCGUUGAGAAGAGAGGCAAUGAGCCAGGAGACCCCUACAAGUCAAGGAUCGGACAUGGAGCAAGAGCCCGGGGCUUUGAUGCGGCGACGCGCGACCGUCACUGCCAUUGAGAGCCAAGAUGAGCUGGCAAACAUGAUCCGACGCGAGAUGUCUCGACCGGGAUUGGAGAAGGUUACUUCUAGUCGAGAUAAUGCUGGGCCGUGCUUCGAUUUGCCUUUCAACACGUCAAUGCCCAAAAGUGAUUGA